AAAGUUGAUUGACUUGCACAGAGGUGAAGCUUUGCUGUGGCUCCCGCUGCACUUUGCACUGGCGACCUUCAGUCCGCGCGAAGCUGUAGGAUGGAGCCAGAGCCCCCGCCCGAGCUCACAGCAAUGCCCCUCGGGGAGAAUGGGAGUGUGCGCCUGGUGCCCGACACAGCCCUGCUGUCCCCGGGGAGAGGCACGGCCGUGUUCAUCAUCCGCUGCGUGAUCCCUUCGCUUUACCUGCUCAUCAUCACUGUCGGCUUGCUGGGCAACAUCACCCUCAUGAAGAUCUUCAUUUCCAACAGCGCCAUGAGAAGUGUGCCUAACAUCUUCAUCUCCAGCCUCGCUGCUGGUGAUCUGCUCCUGCUAGUGACCUGUGUGCCCGUGGAUGCCUCCCGGUAUUUCUCUGAAGAGUGGCUCUUUGGAGAAGUGGGCUGCAAGCUCAUCCCUGUCAUCCAGCUGACCUCUGUUGGUGUCUCUGUCUUCACCCUCACUGCCCUCAGUGCUGACAGGUACAAAGCAAUUGUAAAUCCCAUGGACAUCCAGACCUCCAGUGCAGUGCUGUGGACUUGUCUCAAAGCCACUGCCAUCUGGGUAAUCUCCAUGCUCCUGGCAGUUCCUGAAGCAGUGUUCUCCGAACUGGCUCACAUCAAUGACACAGAUAAUGCCACCUUCACAGCAUGCAUACCAUACCCCAUGACAGACGACAUGCACCCAAAGAUCCAUUCUGUGCUGCUUUUCCUUGUGUAUUUCCUUGUCCCUCUUGUAAUUAUCAGUAUCUACUACUAUCAUAUUGCAAAGAGUUUAAUAAAAAGUGCUCACAACAUCCCUGGGGAACACAGUGAGCAUUCCAAAAGACAGAUGGAAACUCGGAAGCGUCUGGCAAAAAUUGUUUUAGUUUUUGUUGGCUUCUUUGCUAUCUGCUGGUUUCCUAACCACGUGCUAUACAUGUACAGAUCCUUUAAUUACAAUAAGAUUGAUCCAUCGAUGGGACAUAUGGUUGUUACCUUAGUGGCCCGAGUGCUAAGCUUCUGCAACUCUUUUGUCAACCCAUUUGCACUGUAUUUCCUCAGUGAGAGUUUUAGAAGACAUUUCAACAACCAGCUCUGCUGCAGGAAGAAAGCUCAGAAAGAGAGAUCUGCCAGCUACUUGUGCAACUCCUCUGCCAUUCAAAUGACUUCCCUGAAAAGCAAUACCAGGAACACAGUGACUACCAUGACACAACUGAAUGGGCACAACUUGAAACAAGAAAUGUCAUUAUGAUCUAAUGAGUAUGAUUUUUGACUAUGAAACAAAUCUGAACUUUUCCUUUGCAGCUUGUAAGUCACUUUUGGCUCUUGUUCUCAGACAGUCCUCAGAAAAGAGGCUCUGUUAAAUUCUGGCCAAUAUGAGGUUAUUUCACACCAUCUGACUCUUAGAAGUGAAGAGUAUGUUUUAUUGAGGAAACAAAACUGACUGACAUAAUAUUGUACUUUAAAAGAGAUGCUGAUAUAUGUUUUACAUAAAGGAAAGCAGUGUAACUGAUAAAAUAUUGCUUUAAAAAGUAUAGAUUUUCUGAUAUCAAAAUAUGUAUUUUUAACUGAAUAUUGAUCCAGGCUCAUGUAUUGCUUUAAUAGAGUUUGCAUGACUUUAGCUCUGUUGUGUGUGUGCUAGCUUUGCUGAUUAAUACUGUUAAGCAUUUUGGAUUCCAUUAAACUUUUAUUUUUAAUUUAUUUUUUCUUUAAUCAGCUCACAUGUCAGCACAGGUAGUCAAAUUGACACAAUGACUGAAGCUUAUUGCCACUACUUGUACAAGGCUGUUCAUAUAAAAGUUUGAAGAGGUGUGUCAGAGCUGAAUCCCCCCUUAUACAGUGGGAUAGAAACUGACAAAUAAUCAUUCCCAAGCCAGGUGACAGGUUAGCUUUCAUGUCUGACCUCCAGAGAGAAGGUGCUCACAGUGUCUUUCUUAGAAGGGGCAGUAAUUUGCAGACAAAGACACCUUGUGGAAGUAAUUUUUUUAUGGUCAGUUCGUGAGCCAAAUGUAAUUUUAAGUGUGUUUUUCUUUACAGUUGGGUAGAACUGCUCCAGCACAGAUCUGUCUCUGUCACAACACUGUAUCCUGUUCUUCUGCAGUGACUUCUCUAAGGUGAAUACUAGAGAGUACACUAGAAAUUUAGAUUGGACUUUGGAAUUAGUUGCUAGUCUUAUAAUCUCAAAAGCUGAAGUGCUAAUGCAGUGUAUCCAUUCAUUUUUCCCUUUGUCUUUAAUGAUACACUUGCACUUAAUUAGUUCUGUUUGUAACUCUGUGAACCACCUGAAGUUCAAAAUUUCUUUUGCAAUUCCUCUUUUUUCAAGACUAGCUAUAUCCCUACCCAAAUUUUUAAAGCAAUGAGAACUUAUAUUGAUGUAAACUCUAAGUGUUCUAGCUAAUAUCUAGGAAAAAAAAAUCCCCAGU